UAAUAUCACGGAGUAUUGCAUUAAUGUUGUGGUUCAAACAGAGAAUGUCACAUGGAUUAGGUAAAGAUUUUCGAUGAUUCGGCUGAUUCGCUUUCGUUCGCUUUCGUGUUCCAAACAUCUUGAACCUGAGAGUAUGUUUGCGUUGUGAAAUGAAGUUCGUACGAGAGGUUAUUAUUUUCUUUGACAAAAUUUAAUAUAGUGAUUUGCUGUGACAAGUAAACACCGGAUCUAACCUUAAAAUUCAACGAAUAACCGACACUUAGUUGUAUGCAGUGAGCUCAACGUGGUUUUUGAGUAUGGCAACAUCUGUAUGCAGUGCUCUUGGAAUAGAUCAGGAAAACUCUGUUGGGAAAUUGAUUGCUGUUGAAGAACAUCAUAGUAGUAAUGGUAAUUUCGUGCUAAACUGCCUUAUAGCCGAGCAAGUUCAUAAGGAAGGUUCUGUAUGUUUGGUGGCAUUACAUAACUCUUUUGGACAUUAUCACAAUGUGGGUACAAAGUUAGGAUAUAAUUUGCAUCAGUUACAAGAGAAGGGCUGUGUUGAAAGUAUUGAAGUUUUAAAAUUAUUAAAUGAAUCUCUAAAUGCAGAACAUGAAAAUCGGGUUGGAAACGUUUUGUUUGGUGAUGAAGAGAACACUAUGAGAAAUCUCUUUCAUUUGAUUAAAGGGAAGACUGAGAAGUUACUACAGAAAAGAAAAUUGGUUAGCCUUGUAAUUGAUGAUCUCAGCAAUCUGUUAUCUUUAGGAAUAUCUGUAAAAGAAGUGUUAUCAUUUCUUCAGUACUGUCGGACUUUGCUGGAAUCACAACCUGGUCUCUCAUUAGUGGUUUUGACUCAUAUUGCCGAGGGUGAUGAUGAGCAACAAUUAUUAAAUGCAGGACUGUGUCAUGUGGCAGAUGUGAUUGUAACUGUUUGUGGCCUAAAGACAGGACAAAGCAGUGAUGUUUCAGGUUCUAUGAAGGUUACUCACAGAAGAUUGGAUCAACCAAUGAUAGCUCAUGAAUGGAAUAAGCAGAACUUAUACCAUUUCAAAUUACUUGAUAGACAGGUGAA